CCACCGCCGCCACCGCCGCCAUGACCUUUGUCCCCGCGCCCGGAUACCUGCCCGCCUACAACCCGCCCCUGCCCUACGUGGCCCCCGUGCUCGGGGGGCUCUGGCCCGGGAUGGCCAUUUACGUGCAGGGGGUGGUGGCCCCCCAACCUGACUGGCUGCGGGUGAACCUGGCGGUGGGCCCCGAGGACGAGGCUGACGUGGCGCUCCACCUGAACCCCCGUUUCUCCGGGGGGGUGACGGUGCUCAACAGCCGGCGCGGGGGGCGCUGGGGGGACGAGCGGCGGCGGGAGCUGCACCCGCUGUGCGCCGGGACCCCCUUCGAGAUGGUCAUCAGCGUCACCCCCGAGGCCUUCCGGAUCCUGGUGAACGGAACGUUCUACGAGGAGUUCCCGCACCGGCUGCCCCCGGAGCAGGUGACGGCCGUGAGCGUGGACGGGGACCUGCAGCUGCACUCGGCCUCGGUGCUGGGGGGAGCGACCACCUGUCCCCCGUGCGUCCCGGACAUGCCGCAGGCCAUCCCGUCGUACCCCAACUGUAACCUGCCGGUGAUGGAGCAGCCCCCCACCUUCCACCCGACCGUUCCCUUCAUCACCACCAUCCCGGGGGGGCUGGUCCCCAAAAAAACCAUCGUCAUCAAGGGCUUCAUCCCCCACGAGGCCAGCAGGUUCCACAUCAACCUGCGUGCGGGUCCUGGCGGGGACGUGAUGCUGCACAUGAACCCCCGAAUGGACGAGGGGGACGUGGUGGUCCGAAACUCCCAGCUGGGGGGCAGCUGGGGCCACGAGGAGCGCGAGCUGUCCGGCCCCAGCCCCUUCCAGCGCGGCAGAUACUUCGAUCUGUCGAUCCGCUGUGGGAACCAUCGGUUCAAGGUGUUUGCCGAGGGGCAGCCGCUCUUCGACUUCCAGCACCGGGCGCCAGCCGGGCCCCACGUGGACGUGCUGGAGAUCGAGGGCGAUGUGGUCCUGUCCUUCGUCCAUUUCUGACCCACAAAUGUCCUUUAAGCGCCCCAUAACGGCCCCAAAACAAAGGCCUUGCAACCGCCCCGGAACAGCCCCCAAGUGCCCCCCUCAAUUGUCCCCCCAGCU